AUGCUGAAUAAAGUACCUAAUCUUUGUCUAUCUAAUGGUUUAGCAUUCUAUGAAGUACCGGAUUGCUUGAAAAUCUUGACUGAAUUAGAAGAAAGAUUAAUAUCACCAAGAAUUCCUUUUAUGGUGAUUCGAACGUUAGGCUUCUGUAAACAGUUUGGUCUCAAAGGUAAUCUGGUCAAUGUUCCGAUGAAUGUUGACACAAAUGUUUCGGUCUUACCGAGAAAGUUUAGAGAUACCCAUACAAUCCAACUAAAACUCAUGAGACAAAUGAAAAAUAAAAACGCCUUUAUGUAUGAAACAAUUCGACCAAAAGUUGUACAUACAGCUGUUAAAUAUCUUGUCGGACAGGAACUAUAUAAAGGCGAAGGUAUCAUUAUAUCCGAUGAUUGGUUGAAUGAGUAUUCUAGUGAACGAGAAAAUUUCAUUGUUAAAGAUGAAGAUAAAAAAAUUGAUGCGAAUGAAAACAUGAAGGAAUCAGAAUUUGAUGAUAAUGAUGCCAAUUGGAAUGAAUCCGAUGAUAAACCAAUCAAUCCAGCAGCUACCGAAACAUUAUUAAAUGAUGAGAUUGAAGAUCAGAAUGAUAUCGGUAUUAAAUUUGCUCCAGCAGAGAAUAAUAGACCAAUAUCAAUAUUGAUGGAUAUGAAAGUUGAUGAAUUAACAUUUCCAAAAAUUUACUGUGGUAAACAAAGAAAAAUCAAAGAAAAUGUUAGAUUGACUUACGCUAAAAUUGCUAAGUCAGAAUUAAGAAUGUUCGAUCGAAGAUGUGGUAGAAUAUCGAAACUAUUUUUUACCUAUAAGAAAUUGCAAACGAGAAAGUUUUCAGAUGCUAUUUCAAUAACUCUAAGAAAAACAAAAAAUGUAACUGUUGCACAAAUGCUCAAGCGAGAUUAUGUCAAUGGAUUAAUACAUAAUGAUGACGCUUUCACAUUCUUGAGAUGUGAUCGAUCAUCACCAGCAUUCUGGGAACUGAAAAAAAAGGAACUUAUGGCCAUGAACAGGCAAUUAGGUUGUGCUACAAUCUUUUUGACUUUAUCAGCAGCAGAAGCAAAGUGGUCAGAACUUAUUGUAAUAUUGACUAACGUGUUGGGAAAUAAAGUCAUAACAUUAGAAGAAGCAGAGAAUAUGAACUACGAAAAGAAGUGUGAUUUGAUAAGAAAAGAUCCUGUAACAUGUGUUCGUUAUUUUGAACAUAGAGUAAAAUGUUUAUGGGAAAUAUUAUCAGCUCCUUCUGGUCCAUUUCAAGGCUACGAACUAGAAGACAAAUAUGUCAGAAUUGAAUUUCAAGCUCGUGGUUCACCACAUGUUCAUGCCUUGAUAUGGUUAAAAAAUGCUCCAAAAUACGACAAAAAUAAACCUGAAUCAAUUAAAGAAUGUAUAAAAUUUAUUGAUAAACUGACUUCAGUUAGUUCGAAACCAACACAAUUUUCUGAAGAACUUAUAAGUUUGCAACGUCAUAAACAUUCACAUACCUGUAAAAAAUAUGUGAACGGUUGUAUUAAAUGUCGCUUUGGUAUUCCAUAUUUUCCGAUGAGAGAAACUAUGAUUUUGGAACCAUUUAGUGAGGACGAAAAGUUAACUAAAAAAGAACGUGAAGAAAUAAGUAAAAAGAAGGAGAACGUAAUGAAAGAACUUGAAAAAAUAUCAAAAGAUAUCGAUAAUUCAUUACCUUUUGAUGAAUUCUUGGAACAUAUUAAUAUAAAUGAAAAAGAAUAUAUUAAAAUGAUCCGAGCUGACUUAAAAAAAGCAAAGGUCUUCUUAAAACGUGCUCCAAAUGAAAUCUGA